CCUCUUCAGCUUCACUUCCUGCGGUGGCAGUGUGCUGCUGCUGUGGGCUGGUGAACAUGGCUACCGCUGGAGCAGCUGGAGACGACCUGAGGAAGGAGCUCACCUGUGCGAUCUGUCUGGACUUCUUCAAGGACCCGGUGAUCCUCAAGUGCGGACACAAUUUCUGCCGCUUCUGCAUCUGCAUGCACUGGGAUGAAAAUGGCGGAGACUACGGCUACCAGUGCCCCCAGUGCCGGACGGUGUUCAAUAAGAGGAGCUUCACUAAAAACUACCUGGUGCAGAACCUGGUGGCUAAACUGGACGACUUGGACUGUCUGGGCUCGUGUCCUGCACCCACUAAGCCCGUGACAGUGGACGGGAAAUGUGAUCAGCACGGAGAAGAACUGAAACUGUACUGCCAGACUGAUAAAAGGCCCAUCUGUGUGGUUUGCAGGGAGUCCAGAGCACACAGGCACCACGAGGUGGCACCAGUGCCAGAAGUGGUGAAUGACAUGAAGAUGGAGUUGAAGCUGAGGCUCAUGGAGCUCAACUGGCAGAAGUCUCAAUGUGUGAAAGUUGUAACAGCUGAUGAGCGCACCAGAAGUGAAGUUAAGUCGAAGAAACAGAGGCUGAAGGAGAAGAUCGAGGCGGAUGUGGGGGCCCUGGUCCAGUUCCUGCUGGAUGAGAGAGACUCGUUGCUGGAGAGCCUGGACGCUGAGGAGGUGGCCACCAUGGCCGUCAUCGACGAGAACCUGAAGAUCGUGGAGACGGAGAUGGCGGCUGUGGACAAAGCCAUCGCUGAUAUCCACGGCCACAUCAGUGGGAAGACCAGCCUGGAGAGCCUUGCUGAGACCUUCAAUGAAGUCAUCCACUGCAAGCCUUUCACGUCCAUGGAAACGGUGAACUGUCCGACUGAAUUCACAGACUUCUCAGGGCCCUUCCAGCUCAUCAUGUGGAAGAAGAUGAUGCACGUGCUGCACACCAUGCCUCAGAACCUCACCUUGGACCCGGACACGGCUCACCCGAACCUGCUCAUCUCAGACUUCGACACCAAAGUGGAGGAGGGCCGCGUCCGCAACCAGGAGCCGGACCUGCCGGCCCGCUUCACGCGCUUCUGCGGCGUCCUGGCCACGGCCCAGUACGCCAGCGGGCAGCACUACUGGGAGGUGGACGUGAAGGAUAAAGGCGUGUGGUACCUGGGCGUCACCACCGAGUGCAGCAACAGGAAGGGCUUCGUCAGCCUCACGCCCUCCUCCGGCUACUGGAGCCUGUGUCUGCAGGACCGCCUCUACGCCAACGGCGAGGACGGACGCAUCCCCGUGGCCGACUACUGGAACUCGCCUCGGGUCGGCGUGUUCCUGGACUACGACAACGGGCGCCUUAGUUUCUACGACGCCGUCACCAUGAAGAGACUGUACAUGUUUGACACGUGCUUCGAGGAGCCCGUCUACCCGUUCUUCAGCCCGGGGAAGAACGACCCGGGCAGCCGGCUGCAGAUAUGUCACUAUUACUGAGAGAGAGAUUAAAUCCACAUAUUUGAUAGUAAACUGAAGAAUACCAGAGUUGUCAAUGGUGCGAUUGGCAAAGGUUUUAAUCUGACGGGGUCAGUGUGGAGCAGCAGGGCGGCGCCUGUUGACCCUGCAGCCAUGUACUGUAGUCUAAUGUACGCAUUAGAGACGCUACUUGUUGGUCUUACUGCUGUUAGAAAAUAAGAGUUUCACCAGGUGUGUUGUCGCACUUUGGUUGUAACAAAGAGCUUCGUUUUUCUCAUAUCGUGAGGUCGAACAUUUGAAAUUAGACACACACACUGUAGGCCUUCUGGAGAGGUGCUCUGUUGUCCAUCACUGUGUCUGCUGGGACGGAGAACGUCCCGACAGCGUCCACUACGCCAUACUGCUCUACGGCAAGAUUGGCUCCUUUUUUUUUCUUUUUUUUUUUUGCCAGGCAGGGUCAGUGUGUUGUCUUGUUGAGUAGGAAUGCAAGGAAGUAUGACAUUAUCACAUUGAUACUUAAGACACUACUACUUAAAACACUACAGAUCCCCUCAGAUUUUAAACAGCAGAAGAUCAAAGUGUCAAUUUUGAGUGAAAUUUUUUGAUUUUUCAGCUCCCAGACAUCGAUAUCCUUUAUUUAAUCAUCUUAAUGUAUCGCCUUUUUUAAUUCCCUACAUCUUUCUAACAUUCUUAGACUUGAUAAUUCCUCUUAAUUGCUCUGAGUCACUUUAACAGGCAUGACAUCAUGCCAUUUUACUGUUUUUAAACAUUUUAUCGCUCUGCUUGAAUGAGCAGGAACAAGAUGAACACAUUUAAAAUAUGUGACCAAUAAAUUAUUUAGAGCCAUUUAGAGUCAUUUAACAGGUGAACCUCCAGGAUUUGUUCUCAUGGACUUAAACACUAAAGUGUAAACCCAGUGAAUGCUGAAUGAAAGUUUUAGUUUUUUUGUUAGCUUUUUUACAAACUACCUUUAGCAUUUCCUUCCUUCUAUUCCAUGAUAUCUGAUAUCCUGCUUUCUGUUCUUAAUCGGUAGCUGUUGUUGGUCCUGAUGUUUUUAAGGUCUAUUAUCAAUUUCAGUCAAGUGUAAUUUCUAUUUUUCUUUAUUGAUGUUGAAUGUGAAAAUACAUGUAUCUGGACAAUUCUAUUUUUUCCUUCCUUCCUUCAUAAACUUCUGAUUUAAACAUUUUCUUUUUUUUGAGAUUAUCUUUAUGGGUUUUUAUUUUUGCUUGUGCAGAUUUCAACUGUGUAGUUUUGGACCUACAAGUUUGCCAUCUAACAGGGUAUUUUAUUUUAUUUUUUUCCUUUUUU